CGAACAUUUACAUUAACAUUAGGUCUUGCAUCAACUGUCAAAUGUUGACGGUUUUAUCCAUCUUCCGAAUAUAUAAGGGGUUAGUCAUCAAUUUUUCUUCCCUAUUUGUGAAAUUAAAGUUAAAUAGGAGUGAAUGCUGCAGUUUUUCUUUUCGCAUACUAAACAAAAAAAAUUAAAUAUGGCAAGUUCAAGUGUAACAUCAAAUAACAACCAGCGAAUGAAUAUUGAAAUUCGCAAUAAAACUAUAUAUUAUAUUUGCCAAUGUGAGCAGGAAUUCGAUAGCGAAUCUGCUUUCAAAAGUCAUCGUGAGGCAGUGCAUGGUGACCAGUUUGGAGAAUCAAAUAAUGAAAACAACGAAAUCAAAGAAUUAUAUUGUCCGCAAAGAAUUUCAAAAAAUGAAAUUUUGGAAUUGACGAAAAAACUCAACAAAGAACAACGCACAUUGGUUAUGCACAUCUUAAAAUGCAUUAAAACCGGAACGAAUUUAGCACUUCGUAUUUUCUUGAAUGGUUCGGCUGGAGUUGGCAAAAGCUUUGUCAUCAAUACACUUUACCAACUGAUUACAAAUUACUAUGAUACGUUGCCAGGUGCAAAUCAAGCGUCAAUCAAAGUGUUAUUAACCGCAUUAAGCGGCAAGGCAGCUAAUAAUAUAAGUGGAAUGACGAUUCAUUCGGCGUUCAGUUUACUUGUUGAAUCCACUAAAGAUCGUAUGGGGGAAAAGACUAAGAAAGCUCUAAGGAAACAAAUGCAGGAUUUGAAAUUUAUCAUAAUCGAUGAAAUAUCAUAUGUUAGCGCUAGUUUACUAGAACGAGUCAAUAGACGAUUACAGAAUCUAUAUCCAAAUUCAUCGACUUUCGGCGGAUUCUCUGUAAUUUUUGUCGGUGAUCUACUUCAAUUGCCACCAAUUGGGAAAUUCUCAUUUUUACCACAAAAAGAAGGUAUCAGUGAAUCUGAUGACAAAGGUUUCAGUGCCUUAUGGAGUGAUUUCAAGUACUUUAAGCUGAAUGAAAUCAUGCGGCAAACCGGGGGACAAGAGAACUUUAUCGAUGCUUUAAAUAAUAUGGCACAUGGUACAAUGACUGACGCUAAUAUAGCUUUGAUAAAAUCAUCAGAAGGAAGAGAGGCACCAGCAGACGCUACUUAUUUAUUCAGAUACAAUGCGGAUGUUGAUAAGCAUAAUAAUGCGAAAAUAGCGAACCAUAGAGAAAUUGGAGUUGAUGUAUACUCUACAGAUCAAGUAAUAUCACGGAAUGUUUCAGAAGAAACUAAAAGAACACUUUUAGAAGAAAUUAGGAGAAAAAAAUAUCAGGAAACGCGUGGUUUACCUUCGAAACUAAGUUUAAAAACCGGGAUAAAAUAUGUUAUUACCACCAAUCUUGAUGUUUCGGAUGGCUUAGUCAAUGGAUCUGUUGGCGAAUUGAAACAUAUUCUGUACAAUAAUCAGGAACCACCAAUGCCUGCAGUUCUAUUUCUCGAUUUUAAUUGUGGUUCACAAAGAAAUGUUGGGAAUAAAGCAAAAACACAGUUGUCCAAUGAAGAAAGAAAUGAAAUUGGCUCAAAUGAUUGGGUGCCAAUCAGAAUGAAACAAGUCAAGAUGCAACAUUCAAAGGUAUCUAUUAAUCGUGAGCAAUUUCCAUUGUACCCAGCCGAAGGGCAAACAAUACAUAAAGCGCAAGGUCAAACAUAUGAUGGAGCUUGUGUAGCGGUAGCGGGCACUUCUCGCCAAAUGAAAUAUGUAGCCAUGAGUCGUGUAAGAAAAUCUGAUGAUCUGAGUAUACAAGGAGAUUUUAAGGCUCCAGAACCACCAUCACCAAAUGAUCCAACAAUGAGAUUUUUGGAGGAAUUAAAAUCAAAUAGGAAUUUGGAAAUUUCCUUCAAUAGCUUAGAACAGAAAAGCGGACCAGUAGUCGCUUUUCAUAAUGUAAAUUCAUUCCUUGCCGCUCAGCCGCAUAUCGCGUAUGAUAAAUGGUAUGAAAGAGUUGAUUUGUUAAUUCUUUCUGAAACGAAAACGAUGAAAUCAGACAAAUCCUCGUUAUCGUUACCAUACUUUAAAUUGAUUCAUCAUUCCGAAUGUCUUGGAGAUAGAAACUCAUUCGGUGUACUAAUUUUUGCAAAAGACACCAUAAACGUUGAAAUCACACAGAAUAUUAUCCGUAAAACAAAUAAGAAAAACUCGAAGCCUCAUCGAUCAGAGGUUAUUGUAUUAAAACUUGACGAUUAUUAUGUUAUGACUGGAUACAAAUCACCAUCCACACUUGACUCAAUUUUUGUAAAUCAAAUUGAAAUAGCAAUAAAAGAAACGUCAGGAAAACGACUAUUGAUUGGCGACUUUGAUAAUAAUUGGACAGAAAAAGAUUCAUUGGCACAACUGAUGGAAAAGUGUGGACUACAAAAUAAGUUGCCAGUGCAAUCUACUGUUGCAUUCGCAAAUUUUACUGAAAUUUCAUCGGGCGAGUAUGUUAGUUACAUUUCCGAUUACGCACCAGUAUUCUGUGAACUGUUACCUAAUGUCGAUGAACAAAUGGACAUUGAUUGAUUCCUUAGUUUUAGUGUCGUUCAUAUUUUUGACUUGCCAAAAUUAAAAUUGGUGCAAUUGAGAACAUUGAACUUGAUAUGUUUCAACUACCAUAAGAGCAAAUGAUUUUCAAGUUAGAGUGAACAUUUUAAUAGAAACAAAAAUCAUGGGAAUAACAUUGGCUCUUAUGGAAGUGGAAACAAUGUUUCUGUAUUCAUGUUACCAUUCCAUAACAUUGUUCUAAAAAAAUUAAAAUAAAAACAAAUCAAAAAGCAAAAAACCAAAAAAAAACUUUUUAUAAUGAAAAAAAUGUCCAUUUUGUAUUAUUGUUAUCAAAAUCAAUGAAAUCAUUAAAAAUCUCAUAUUUUUUUCAUUAUUUCA